AUGGCUGAGCCGGAACGGGUCCGCCUUCCCGCGCGGUCCACCCGCGGAAAACGAGUGUCGGAGCUGGUGGGGGAGGAUCUAGACGCGGAUGAGGAGUUUUGGAAUCAGAAGGCUUUCCAGGAGGUGAGCUGGCAUGCUGACGUGGAUCUGUUGACUCAAAAGACCGCUGGUGGUGGGAGGAGGGAGGGGGGGGGAGGGGGGUUGAAGGAUCUAGACGCGGGUGAGGAGUUUUUGAAUCAAAAGGCCUUUCAAGAGGAAGCAGAGGAUGUGGAGUAUGCAACGGAGGGCGAGGUGGAUGAGGACGUUUUCGACAGCGACUUUGAUGACGACGAGCCAGAAAACGAGGAGGAGGAGCCUGGAGCAGAGGUGAAAGAAAGGUCUGCCUCUCCCGUUAUCCUCUCUCCUGCCGCAUCCCCUCCCUCGUCUCUCUUCCCAUGUUCCUUCCUUUCCAUGCCUCUUUCCCUUUCCCUUUCCGCACAUUUUCCCCCAUAUCAUCCAUCUCCGAGACACCAGUCUACCAAGCGCCGUCUCCUGCCUCCUGGCACCAAGAAAGAAACCAAGGAAGGAGUCUGCAAAGAGGGCGAAGAAGGGCCUCCUUCAUUUCCCCUCAUCCUCUCCUUGCCUGCCCCACCUGCCCCACCUGCCCCACUCACCUGCCCCGCCUGCCCCACCUGCCCCACCUUCCCCACUCACCUGCCCCACCUGCCCCACUCACCUGCCCCACCUGCCCCACUCACCUGCCCCACCAGGCCUACCAAGCGCCGUCUCCUGCCUCCCGGCACCAAGAAACUUUCCAAAAAGCCUAAGAAACCUGCUAAGGCAGCAAAGAAGGGCGUUGGUGGAAGGACGCUUGUUGCAGAGAAGGGGAAAGCGAGCGGAAGGGUUGACGGGGAGGCGACAGGUGAUGGGGCGGAGGCGGAGAAGGGGAAGAGUAAAGCUGGGAGGAGGAGUGGCGUGGGAAAGAGUAGGCAGAGACGUGAGUUGGCUCUUCUGGGAGUGGGGCGAGUGAAAUGGGAAGGGGCGGAGGGAGGUGAGGGAGAGGAGAGAGAGGAGCGAGAGGAAGGAGAGGAGGGAGAGGAGGGAGAGGAGCUUAUUGGUGAUGCGACAGUAGAUCUGACAGACGAAAAUUGCGGGGGAGGGGGAGGAGGGAGAGAGGGAGGGCGGGAGGGAGGGAGGAGGGAUGGAGAGGAGGAAGUCAAGGAGGACAGCGGUGGUGGUGAGGGACAUGGAGAGGCAGGCUUUGAGGGCAGCGAGGGAGGGGGUACCCAAGGCGAGGUUCUGAACCGGGAAGCGUUGGGAGUGAUGCUGGGGGAGGGAGGAGGAGGUGAAGAGGAAGGCUGUGGUGGAGAAGGGGGGAUGCAUGGGGCCUCCUCUUAUCCAGAUUCGUCCCAUUCCCCUUCUCCCGCAUCAUUGUCUACCAGCAAAUGCAUGCGCCUUGCCACUCCAUGCAUGCGCCUUGCCACUCCAUGCAUACGCCUUGCCAGUCCCCGCAUGCGCCUUGCCAGUCCCUGCAUGCGCCUUGCCAGUCCCUGCCAGAGCCCACGGAACUUCCCCGCCAGGGUGCACUGGGCUGUGCUGCAAGGAACACAACUUCACUCUGUCCCUCCGUUCCCCUAUUCCUCCUUACCUUGCUCUGUUGUUUUCCCAUGCUGCUGCCAUGCCAUCCCCAACGCUCGUCCCUCCCUUUCUCCUUUUCUAUUCCUCUUUUCCUCCCGCCCUCCGUUCAUCUCCCUCCCUUGCUCUGUCGACCCUCAGAUGGCAGGAGGAGCAAGCAGCAAAGAAGAUACUUCCAGCCAGGAGCCACCGGCCGCUGCUGCUGCCAUUUCUAACGCUCAAAAUUUCUCCAUUCCUCUGUUCCUCCUUUCCACACUUCCUGGCUCUGUUGGCCCUCAGAUGGCAGGAGGAGCAAGCCGCAAAGAAGAGGCUGAGGAAAGCGGCAAAGGCGGAGGCGAGAAAGGGGGCAGAGGCAGGCAUGGGAGGGAAGGCAAUAUCCCAGGAGGGACAUGGGCCGACCUCGGUGGUGAUGCAUGCAGCGCCCACACUUUCCACGUGAGGGAGCUGCCACCGCUGGCAACAUUCCUCUGUGCUGGCAGCAUCAUGAUGCCAGCGUCGUUUUGCUGCCAGGAGCGCAUGGAUGCUUCCAGAACGCUGCUGGCAGCACGUUGGCAGCGCUCUCUAACCAUGCGCAGCAAAGUACCAGUAGGCAAGUCCUCACCUCGUCCUCACGUGCAGGUUAAUAACUACGGGCGAAUUAACUCGCCCGGCGAUGACAUCCGUGUAGCCAUGGCGAAGAACGCGAGCAAGGCGGCAAGUCCUACCGCCGCCUCCGGUGCGAGCUGUGACGGGGACGAAGCGAACGGCGACGACGCCGAGGAGGAUUGGCCGGAGAACGGCCACGACGACAGCGCUUCAGGCGACGAUGUAGGUCCUGCUGACAUCGAGGAGGACGACUGGUGGAAUCGGCCGGUCGGGAGCGACGACGAGGUGGAAGAGUGGCAUGUUGGUGAUUCCGACAACGACGGAGGUAAAGAUGCGCAUGGUAACAACGCGGAGGCAGCGGCGGAUGCACAGGAAGCGACGUCCAAGUCAAAGCGGGCCCGCGUGGUGCUCUCUGACGACGACGGUCCGGGGGAGGAGCGUCGCCCGAUACUCACCGCUGCGGAGAAGGGGAAAGCCAAGGUCGCGGAAGCCCCUGCUAAGGCCCCUGCUAAAGCCCCUGCUCGUCGCCGCACAAGCAACAAGAAGCUGACAUCCGACGGAGACCCGGGAUCCAGCAAGGGUGCGGCUAAGAAGAAGGCGAAGAAGGCGCCGAAUCCUGACGACAUCGUCGUGAACGAGCCGCUGGGCAGCGACGAUGAGUACGCGGCGGCGGCAGGCCCGAUUCCCACAUUCCCUGAGAAGGACAACGGGUGGAUGGACGAGACCGCUGUGCAGACCUGGCUGUCCAAGGAGGUGCUGCCCCAUCUGAACCCCCAGCGCGGCCAGAACGCAAGGCAGGCGAUGCUGGUGUUGGACUCCUACCGCGGUCACAUCACCCAGACCAUGCUUCAGUCGUACCGCACGCACAGCAUCACCCCUGCAGUCAUCCCAGCGGGUUGUACGAGCCAGAUUCAACCCCUGGACGUCUCCAUCAACCGGUGCUUCAAGGCUGCUGUGCGAGCGCGCUACGCCAUAUCCGAAGACGAAGAAGGGGAACCUGCGGAGGCCUCCGCACCCCGUGGUGCUGCAGUGGAUCGCGGAGGCUUGGGAUCAAGUCCCCAAGCAGAUCAUCAUCGACGCGUUCCGCCACUGUGGGAUCUCGAGCAAGCUAGACGGAACAGAGAACCACCUGGUGAUGUCUCACCUGCGCGCCAGGAGCACCACCGAUGUCUCCGCGGACAUGUCUCUCGGGGGGACCACAGGCGACAACACGCGCCUGCUCGGUCGGGCUCCAGAGGAGGAGGAGGAGGAGGCGAUGCAGGCGGAGGGCGUGCGGGAGGUGGCGUGGCAACCGGCCUGGAGGUGCUGUACCAGGAGACCCCCAACUACCGCGGAGCGGCGGCCAAGGCUGACCGCAUGGUCGAGCCUAGGGAGACGGCUAGGCAUGCCUAG